AUGGCCCUUGAUGAACCAUCAAAUGUGCCUACUACAUCAAUUACCAAAAGAUCAAGUGGCGAUGAAUCAGCUACAUAUUCUGGUCUCAAUCUAGCAAGAACCAUUAAGACAGUCUUCAGAAGGAGUUCAGAUCAUAUUACUUACAUCAAUACUACAAAUAUUUCUACUAAUACAAACGAUGCAGGCCCAUUAACGUAUUCGAAUUCAUUUUGGGUUGAUGUUAAUGAGUACACUGGUUCGAAGGCAUUGAUGAUAUCAAAUCAAUUAUCGCAUUCAUGUAAAUUAUUUCAAACUGAUGGGAUUAUAUUGAAAAAGAUUACUAGAAGGAAACAAAAGGCUUAUAGGUUUAAAUUAGGGAACCAUUUAGAUAUUAUUACAUGGAAAAAUGAUACAAAAAUAUUACGAUUAGAUUCUGUUAAAGAUAUUAGAAUUGGAGAAAUGGCAACAAAUUAUCGUGAAGAGUAUGGGAUAAGUGAUGAAUUUUCGAAUGUUUGGAUGACAAUAAUAUAUAAUAUUUCCAAGAAUAAGUUGAAAGCUUUACAUCUAAUGGCUGAAAAUACAAAAGAUUUCGAUUUGAUAUUUAAUUGUAUCUUUGGUUUAGUAAAAUCAAGGAAAGAAUUGAUGGAAAGUAUUUCUGUUCCUGAUAAUGAAAAAUUCGCUAAUAUUCAUUGGCAUACUACUGUCUCUGAAAGGAAAGAGGAUGAAAGUAAAGAUACAUUAUCUUUUGAAGAUGUGAAAAAGUUGUGCGACAGAUUCCAUAUCUACUGUUCCUCUAAUUACCUUCAAAUUUUUUCUAGAAUUGCAGACGUUAACCAAAAUGAUCUUUUGAAUUUCCAAGAAUUCCAAAGUUUUGUAAAAUUAUUGAAAAAAAGACGAGAGAUAGAGAAUAUAUGGAAUGCCAUAACAAAUGGCUCUCAAAAAUUGAGUUUGGAGCAAUUCCGCCAUUUCGUGAUAGAGACUCAGAAUGAAUAUUAUACAAAGGCAGAACUGCGAAAUAUUUUCAAGCAAUAUAUGAAGAAGGAAUCUGAUUCUGACGGACUGUUUAUUGAUGAAGAAGGUUUUAUUAAAUAUUUAAAUGCACAAAAUGCAAUGCAUGAAACCAAGGAAGACUACACGAAACCAUUGAAUCAUUAUUUUAUUGCAUCUUCCCACAAUACAUAUCUUCUAGGGAAACAAUACGGAGAAACAGCUUCCGUGGAAGGUUACAUACAGGUUUUACAAAGAGGUUGCAGAUGCGUAGAAAUUGAUAUAUGGGAUGAUGAUAGUGGACCUGUUGUAUGUCACGGAUUUUUAACCACAGCAAUCCCUUUAAGAGAUGUGAUUGAUAUCAUCAGGAAAUAUGCAUUUAUUGUUUCUUCAUAUCCACUAAUAAUAUCAUUAGAAAUCAAUUGUAAUAAAGAAAAUCAAAGAAAGACGUCGAUGAUAAUUAAAGAACUACUCGGACCUAUGAUCUAUUACGGCUCUCAGGAUCCAUCUCUCAUGUUACCGUCACCUAAGGAAUUAAAACAUAAAAUUAUAAUAAAAUCCAAGAAAACCAAACAUUACUCCUUGGCUGGUUCAAUGACAUCACCUCCUUCACCAAUGGAUUCGAGUACAGUUUCAUCAUUUAGUUCCUCUUAUGAAUCCGAGGUUGAUAAUAAUCAUAAUACCAUGUCCACUCCAUCGUUUAGUUCUUCAAAGCAUACAAUAUCUAAGGAGAAGGCGAAAAGACGAAAUUCAAAUAGUUCCAUGACAAGGGUGCGGCGAAUAAAUUUAAAGAAUCAUAUUGAAGUUAUUCAUGAAAUGUUAGAGAUCUCAGCGAUACAUGGACUUAAAUUUAGGAAUUUUUCAUUAUCAGAAUCAAAGGCAACGACUCAUUGUUUUUCAUUAAAUGAAAAAAAAUUGGAUGCGAUGUCAAUGGAUAAAUCCCUUAAUUUAUCAAUAGAUAAACACAAUAGGAAGUAUCUCAUGCGGGUGUAUCCUAAUAUAUUCAGGUAUAAAUCUUCUAAUUUUAAUCCUAUUAAAUUUUGGAAAUCAGGAUGUCAAAUGGUGGCCUUAAAUUGGCAGACAAAAGAUUUAGGGCAACAGAUUAACUUGGCAAUGUUUCAAUUGACAAAUCAAAAGGAUGAUGUUUUGCAUUCCGGUUAUAUUUUGAAACCACCUACUCUGUUACCAGUAGUUUCGAAAGCAAAAGAAAUUCCAAUACUAUAUGAAAAUCUGAAAAAGGAACGGAAAUUAAAAGAUGUGACAAUUCAAAUAUUAUCCGUCCAAUUACUACCAAACUUGAAGGAAACUAAGAACACCAAGAAAGAUGAAACGUUUGGAUCAUAUGUAAUCUUUGAGUAUAUUGAUGACGAGGAGCCAUUAAGUUUUGAUGUCACAAAGAAUGGGACCAAGAUUUCAAGCUGUGAAGCAUCCACAAUCCAGUGUAAGGAGAAUGGAUUUAACCCUACGUGGGAGACAGAAUUGAAAUUGACUUUGAACUGUCUAGAUUUUACGUUUAUCAAAUUUACUGUCAUGGCAAAUGGGGUUCCAUUGGCUACCUCCUGUUUGAAGUUAAGUUAUUUGAAAAGUGGCUAUAGACACAUUCCGUUAUAUAGUCUAGAAGGUGAACAAUAUAUCUUUUCCACGAUGUUUAUAUAUACAAAAGUGAUAGAUCAAUGA